AUGGCAUCAAUUUCGUCAAAGCCUGCGUUAGUAACUCUCCGACAGUUGCUGUCAGAGUUACGCAAACAAGGCUCAUCAAAAAAACUGGCUGACAAUCAAAUGGCCCAGUACGUCUUUAGUCAGUAUCGGAAAUACCAGACUACAGAUCAGCAACUUUGCAAGGCCAUUGAUGAGAUGCAUUUUAAAGCGAAGACAUACUGUGAUUAUCUGGUCAACUCAAGAAGGUACAAAGAAAUCAACACUGAGUUUAAGGGAAAGGGGGAACGUAGCGUUGAAGAAACCGCAAGAAUGGUCGGUUUCAAGAUGCCGCAUGAUCCGAAACCCUGAAAAAUUAUGUAGUAAACAGUUUUUAUAGAAUAAUGUAUUUUUAAAUUAGAACAGUAUAUUUGUUAAUAAAACUUACAUUUUAUUUA